AUGCUGAUGCACGACACCGGACUUGGCAAAAAGUACGCUGCUGAAGACUCGCCUUCAGAAGAAAAGGCUUCUAUCAGUUCUAACAAUGAGGCUUUAGCACCUCUUGCUGACGAGGCUUUAGCCCAUCUAUCAAAGAUGAAAAAGCAAGCGAAUCAUUGGGACCCAAACUUGCCCGAUGAAGUAGAAGAUGAGCUUGACGAAGCUCUCCAUACCACCGAUGUCAAAGCUCAAAUCCAUAUUGCUGAAGAAUUAUUAGAAAAUUCUCCAUACCCCGAAGUUCGCGCUGCCGUUCUCAAUUAUGAUGACGGUGCACAUUGCAACACGAUUCGUGCUUGGGUUCUAGGAAUGAUUUUUGCCACUCUCGGUUCAGGAUUAAAUUGUUUAUUCAGUCUACGUGAUCCAUAUAUUGUCAUUACCUCUUACGUUGCACAAGUUGUUUCUUUCCCUAUCGGUUUGGCUUGGGCAAAAUUUUUACCCGAGUGUAAAUUCACUAUAUUUGGCAAAACGAUAUGUUUAAAUCCUGGAAAGUUUACCAUGAAAGAACACACGAUUAUCGUCAUUAUGGCAAACGCAACUUUCGCUAGUGGGGCUGCUUACGGUACCGAUAUCAUCACCGCUCAACGUGCAUUUUAUAAUCAAAGAUACGGAUGGCCAUUUGAAAUCUUCGUGACAAUGACUACUAUGGCAAUGGGUUUCGGUAUGGCUGGUAUCUUUAACCGUUUCCUCGUUCAGCCUGCAGCAAUGAUCUGGCCAUCCAAUUUGAUCAAUACCGCUAUGAUGUCUGCAUUGCAUGAUCAUUCGGCACCCGAUCCAGCAAAAACCAAUGGUUGGAAGAUCGGUAGAUACCGCUUGUUCACAUACACAAUGAUUGCCUCUUUCUGUUGGUAUUGGUUCCCGGGUUAUAUCACUCCUUUCUUGAGUGUGUUUGCAUUUGUCACUUGGAUCAGACCCCAAAAUCCCGUAAUCAAUCAACUUUUUGGAGGUAUUUCCGGUCUUUCGCUCAUCCCUAUCACAUUCGAUUGGACACAAAUCUCUGGUUUCAACUAUAGUCCUCUUAUUUCACCAUGGCACGCAAUCGCAAAUACUUUGAUCGGUAUGGUUUCAUUCUACUGGAUCCUCGCGAUCGGUCUACAUUACUCGAACUAUGGUUAUGCAAAGUACUUGCCAAUGUCUGACUCUAAUUCGUACGACAACACUGGUAACCCGUACAACGUGACUCGAAUCCUUCACGCAGGAACGCAAACAUUAGAUCUUGCCGAAUAUAAAACUUACUCGCCAUUGUUUUUAUCUACAACAUUUACGAUCUCGUACGGUCUAUCGUUUGCUUCCAUCCUUGCCGUUCUCGUUCACACGUACCUUUUCCACGGCACAGAAUUAUGGCAAAGGUUCAAAAAGUGGAACGAUUUAGAAGAAGAUGUUCAUGCAAAGUUAAUGGCAAAAUAUAAAACUGUUCCAUUCUGGUGGUACGCUGUCUUGUUGGUUGCCACCAUUGCCGUUGCUCUCGCAAUGAUUCUUUAUUACCCGACAAAUUUGUCCUGGUGGGCUUUCUUUGUCAGUUUGAUUUUAGCAUUAAUUUUCUUUAUGCCAAUUGCAAUUAUCCAAGCAACAACAAACAUCGGUAUCGGUCUCAACGUCUUGACAGAAUUCAUGGUGGGCUACAUUCAACCCGGUAGACCUAUGGCUAUGAUGCUUUUCAAGGCAUACGGUUAUAUGGCUUUAUAUCAAGGAAUCGGAUUCGCAUCAGACAUGAAAUUAGGCCAUUACAUGAAAGUCCCACCAAGAGUGACAUUCUCAGCGCAAGUUAUUGCAUGCGUUUGGUCAGCAGUCGUUCAAGUUUCAGUUUUGAACUGGUCAUUGGGUUCGAUUUCGGAUAUUUGUACACAACAACAAAAGUAUCACUUUUCUUGCCCCAACGGCCGUGUAUUUUACACAGCCUCUGUUGUAUGGGGAUUGGUAGGGCCACAAAGAAUCUUUUCGCCAGGUCAAUUAUACAAUGGGAUGCUGUACUUCUUUAUCCCGGGCUUGCUUGUACCGAUCGUAAUUUACAUGGCAGCACGUCGUUGGCCAAGAUCUUCGAUUCGAUUCUUAAACGGACCAAUUCUUUUUGGAGGAGCAGGGCUUAUUCCUCCUGCAACUCCUUUGAAUUAUUUGGCCUGGGGAAUGGUCGGAUUCGUGUUUAACAAGUUUAUUAGGACCAGGUUCCGUGGUUGGUGGAUGCAGUACAAUUACAUCUUCUCGGCCGGGCUGGAUGUUGGGUUGGCGUUGAGUACGAUUGUGUUGUUCUGUGCGCUGGAGUUAACGAAUAUUAACUUCCCGAAUUAUUGGGGAGACAAUUCGACGACGGGAGCGCUCAUGCGGUGCAAGCUGUCGUUGCAAAAGGGCAGCACUUUGGGCCUGCGGUGUGGUAGUUAUGUUGAAUGA